AUGAGGGCCAUCGUCACGUUGAUUGACUUCCUGCCGACCGCUGAUGGACAUGAAGACGUUCAAGAUUUGAUCAAGCACAUGACGAAGUCGUCAGACUGUGUCCAGGUGCGGAUCCUCCACGCCGUGGACACAACCGAGUUUUGGAAGAACCGUUUGAAGACCUACAAGGACGCGAUUCCCAUGCUGAUCGAGAAGGACGACAUUCUGAAAGAUAUGGAUAAGCUGAUGUCCGACAGCCCGUCCGCCCCAGAAGAUCGCAAGGGCCUCGCGCAGAAGUUGCAGUCGCACUGCGAGGCCAUGGUUGACAUGCAGGCCGUCAUUCCACAAGAUUGCCUCAGCAAGGUAUCCACCAAGCUUUCCGACAAGGUGACGGCCCUCGUGAAGGAGCUUCUUGAUGCAGAAGGUGUGCUGACGGACACAACGCUUUUGGACUCACUCCAGAAGCUGCUCGCUGCGUCCGUGAUUGCGUUUCCCAUGUCUGCCGCCAUGGCUGAGUCGCAGUCGCAGGUCGGGUCCCGAGUUGCACAGCUGAACGCGGCCGCCCGCGCCGACAACUUCAAACGUGCGCUGGAGGAGCUGAGCGGGAAGGCAACCGAGAAUGACGAAGACGAGCGGAGGACGGCUGCCAACGCCGCGGUGAAGUUCGCAGGGAGCGUCCAGCGCCACGAGCUGGUCGAUAAGGUCGGGAUGGAUUUGCUUGCGAAGUGCUGCAAGACGCUCCUGGACUGGAUCUCACCCGACGGUUCGGCCCAGAUCGACCCGGUGCUCAUUGAUUGUGGGCCGACGCUGUGCGAUACCAUCCCCGCGCUGGGCGGCCCAGAGAUCCGCCGCCUAUUCGACGCCGUGCGGGCCUCGGCCACCUGCAGCCUCAGCGUGCAGUCGAUCCAAGCGACUGAGGACGGCAGCCACGAGGUCACUGUCGAGCAGCAGAAAGAGACGACGGCAAGGAUGCGCCGUGCCCUCUGCACUCUGAAGGAAACAGAGCACGUCAUGAUGCCAGAGAUCAGCGAUCUCAAGAAGCACUUGUUGGAGGCGACAGUCGGCAAGGUGGUGCAGAUGGCCAGCGCGGUCAAGGACGCGGUGCACGCCAGGGCCGUGGCGAAGGCCAAGGCCGCCUUGCAAGAGAGCGUCACGGCAGUGCGUGAGGCCCUGAAGAAGACGUACACGCACGGUGCCGACGGCGGCGUGACCGAGUCGUGGAGGCCUGCGAAGGGUGUCCCGUGGUCGGAGCUCGUGACAGUCUACGAGGCGAAGUUGAAGGAUGUGGACCUUGGCAAUGCGCACGACCUCGCAGACGAGCGCAAGAAGAAGCACGAAGACUACAAGACGGCCCUCCAGGACGCUGGCGACGCGAACCCCGACACAGUCGAGAUGAGGCAUGCUAUGAUCUUCCUUCAGGCGCUUGUGGUCGCCAAGACGGAGCAGGCGAUCAUCGAAGCGAUUGCAGGUGAUAUGGAAAAGCCAGUCCUGCGCACGGAGGUCCAGACGGCCACCAAGAAGCUGCGCAGCUACGGCCUCCAGGAGAAGGCGGCGCUCCACUUGGCGAUGUUCAAUCGCGCCUUCCAGGUGAUCACGUCCAA